UACUUAUUUCUUUGGUUUUAGGUUAACAGAACAAGAGUUGCAGUUUCCUUUUAUGGCCCUACUUAUCUCAGGAGGACAUAAUCUUCUUAUUCUUGCACGUGAUCUUGGUCAAUACUUACAACUUGGGACUACAAUUGAUGAUGCAAUUGGUGAGGCAUAUGACAAAACAGCAAAAUGGCUUGGUCUUGACUUGAGGAGGAGUGGAGGGCCUGCCAUAGAGGAGCUUGCAAGAGAGGGUGAUGCAGAAUCGAUCAAAUUCUCUGUUCCUAUGAAGCAACAUAGAGAUUGCAACUUCUCAUAUGCUGGUCUGAAGACUCAAGUGAAGCUGGCAAUUGAAUCCAAAAAAAUCAAUGCUGAAAUUCCCAUUUCUUUGGCAAGUAUUGAUGACAGAAGUUUACGAGCUGAUAUUGCUGCCUCCUUCCAGCGAGUUGCAGUGUUACAUCUUGAAGAAAGGUGUGAACGAGCAAUUGAAUGGGCUUUGAAGAUAGAGCCUUCUAUAAAACAUUUGGUAGUCUCUGGGGGAGUUGCAUCAAAUCAGUAUGUUAGGGCUCAACUUAAUUAUAUUGUAAAGAAGAAAGGCCUGCAACUUGUGUGCCCUCCUCCUCGCCUUUGCACUGACAAUGGUGUCAUGGUAGCUUGGACAGGCAUUGAGCACUUCCGUGUCGGAAGAUUUGACCCACCACCACCUGCAGAUGAAGCUGAAGAUACUGUAUUUGAUUUGAGGCCAAGAUGGCCACUGGGGGAGGAAUAUGAGGAAGGAAAAAGUGUAGCUCGGUCACUGAAAACGGCCCGUCUACAUCCAUCUCUUACUUCUCUCAUCCAAGCAUCAUCUAGGCAACAACAAUCAUAGCCAGCAUGCCUUCAAGUCUGCCAUCGUCUUUGUAUAUGAUGAUGAUGAUGAUCUCAUUAUCAAGAUCAGCUCUCCAGAUAACAUGCAUGAUGAUCUUAUAAUUUGGUUUUAAUAGUUAUAUGUCACUUUUGUAGGUCUUUGGUAAAAGGCUCCAAGGCCACUUCUUGAUGUAUGAUAUUUUUAUAUAUAAAGAGGUUAUUUAUUUAUUUUUGAUAUCUAAAAUUCUUUAAACAAAUAUUCUUUUUAAGUUAAUAGUUUUGCCAGCACGUUUUCUCAA